AUGGCGGCCAGAAAGCCUCGCUCGGUGGCCAACCCUUUGGAGUCCGCUAUCACGUCACCGAGUGAGAAGAUACUGAAAGAAUGCCACAAUUUGUACGUCGACAGCGAAAAUGGUCUGGUCAAGAUUGCCAGCAGCCUAGGCGUUCGUCUCUUGCCCCCCAGAAAAAAGAUCACUGUGAUGAUCAUGGGAAACCACUCUGCUGGAAAGAGCUCCUUCAUCAACUGGUAUGUAGAAGAGCACAUCCAAAAAACUGGCGUUGCCAUCGAAACACAGGGCUUUACAUUCAUCACAAGUGGGCGCAAAAGAGAAUCAUUGACGGGGAAUGCCACGUUACAUCUCUACCCCCAUUUUCGACCACUCCUUGAGUUUAAAGGUGUUAUGGACUACUUGUCCGCGGAGAUUUCUACUUCCAAGCAGAAAAAGUUUAGCCUUGUGACCUUUGUGGACACACCCGGCUUGGUGGAUGGGGACAUGAUUUACCCUUUUAAUGUAAACAACGCCAUCACGUGGUUGGGCGAACAGUCCGAUCUGAUAUUUGUAUUUUUUGACCCGAUGGGUCAGGCCCUUUGCAAGCGCACGCUGAACAUUGUGGAGAAACUGAGCGAGAAAUGCGGAGAUAAGCUAUUGUUCUACCUCAGCAAAGCUGACGAAGCCGGCAAAGAAACAGAUCGACAGAGAGUGAUGAUGCAGAUCGUCCAGGAGUUGUGCCGCCGUCCUGGUCUCAACAAAUGUGGUUUUGAGAUGCCAACAAUAUAUAUUCCAAACCCACAGAAGCCAAGCCGCUGCGUGAACCAGAUUGAUGGCGUGUGUCAAACCAUCGAAAAGACCAUCAACCAAGCUGUGCAAAGGACUUUGGACCAGUUGGAAAAAGACUGUGAUUUAAUUUGCUCCACCAUCAGCAAUAGGUUACAACAGGACAGAACUGAUGCCACUUACAACAAAAGUGUGCGCCUCAACUCAUUUGUAUGCGGUGCAUUGGGAGUCGUCCUUCCUCUACUCUUCAUCCUUAGUUUUAUCCUAAGCACCUUCUCCAAAGAACAGUUGAGUGAGCUGAUGGGAGAAGGCGCGGCACAAACCCUUUCUGUUUGCACUGGAAUAGUAAUGUACUUAUGGGAUUGGAUACCAGAAGAUGGACAAGUUGUCUUCAUAAUGCUUUUUGGAGCCUUUUGCUACCUCCUUCUUUUUCUAGCGAAAUAUUUUUCUGGUCAUAGAUACAAGACUUUAACAAAAAAAGAGAAGAGGACGAUGACGGAAUACAGUGAUUAUAUCUUGGAUAUUGUCAAAACCAAGAAGGGUAAAUUGUAUGAAUGGUACCUCCAGCAAUGUGCUGCAGAAUACGACCUUUGA